UCAUGUCUUGUCUUGCUUAUCUUAUCAGCUUCCUGCAAAUUGCUUCUGGGCAUUCUGCCAACCAUAACAGGGGCAGCGUUGCCAUCACCGGGCAGAAGCAUCGAUCCAGUCGGCCGUAGCCCAGAGAAACAAAAUGGCGGCAGAGCUCAGGGAGAAAUCGGCUCCGAGUCCUUUGAAGGCCGAGCAAGGGAAAGGGAGGCAGAUGGGAGAACGCCUCCUGGCGGGGGCCACGAAAGAGAAGGGAGUGGGCCCGGGCUCCCGCCUGAUUCCCACAGGCCGCAUCCAGGAUUUCUGGGAGAGGGCUGAUCCUGAGAAAGCAACCCCGGAACCCUGCAGGAACCUGCAACAACGGUGGGAAUCUCAGCUGCAGGAAUUCUUGAAGGUUCUGGAAGCUCCUUCCUUGGAAGGGGGAAGCUCACAGCCUCGGACGCCUCUGCCCAGAAGUGACCCUCGCCCGUCCCUGACCUCCUUCCGAGGGAGAGCCAGUUGCCCCCAGCAGCCUCGAGCCGAGAGAGGGACCCAGCUCACAAUCAGCCUGAGUGGAGAAGCCCACCGGAUGGAGCCUCCGAAGAGGUUUCACGGUCAGAAAGCUGCCAGGCUCCCCCGGGGACAGCAGGCCAUCAGCUGGAAUGACGAAUGCUGCCUCUUCCGGCAAUUCGGCUACCAGGAAGCCAAUGGGCCUCGGGAAGCCUGCCGUCACCUCCGAAGGCUCUGCCACCAGUGGCUGAAACCCGAUCAGCACACCAAGGAGCAGAUCCUGGAGAUGGUAGUGCUGGAGCAGUUCCUGGCCAUUCUGCCCCCGGAACUGCAGGGCUGGGUGCGGGAGUGCCGCCCUCUGACUUGCACCCAGGCUGUGAUCCUGGCGGAGGAUUUCCUGCUGCGAGAGCAAGAGAGCAAAGGCCAGGAAGAACAGGCCAUCAGCCUCUUGGAGAAGGACCAUUUGACUGAGAAGCCCCCCCUGGAAAGCUGGCAGAGACCCUCCCUUAGAGAGACGAAGCGGGAGAGCGACCGACACGUGGUGCUGUUGGAUGAGGAGGAGUUCUGUGAGGAAGACAGCGAGGAUCGAGAGUCAGGUUGGGAGUGGUCCGGAAGAGGCGAGCCCGGCGUCUCCUGUUCUCCCAAUCCAGGAGAAGCAUCUGAAACCCUCUACUGGAACAGCGAGGAGAAGGCGGAGGGUAAAUUCAUCAAUUCCCAGGGGACCUACGAGGACUUGGACGAGAGCGUCCUGCAGCCCAGCCUCUUUCCCAGCGAGCCGGACAACACCUGCCUGAUUUGCCGCAAAGUCUUCCGGCGCCGUUCCAACCUCAUCGCCCACGAACGGACCCACUCCGGCGACCAGUGGUACAACUGCUCCGAGUGCGGGAAGAGUUUCGUCAGCCGGGCCGCCUUCCUUAUCCACCAGCGGGUCCACACGGGGGAGAAGCCCUACAAGUGCUCUUACUGCGGGAAGGGCUUCAACACGGGCUCGAGCCUCACCCGCCACAAGCGCAUCCACACGGGCGAGAAACCCUACAAGUGCCUGGAUUGCGGGAAGCGUUUCAAUGACUACUCCAACUUCAUCGUCCACAAGCGGAUUCACACGGGCGAGAAACCUUACGAGUGCUCGAUCUGCGGGAAGAGGUUCAGCGAUAACUCGAACUUUAUCAAGCACCACCAUUGAGAGGCUGCCUGAUUUGGCUGGUAGUGUUGUUGUGUCUUUUUUUUUUCCUUCUUCCACAAUAGAAUCGCCAUUAGGGCGGCAAGAGAUAGAACUACGGUCACAAAAGCAUUUCUGCCUAUAGAUAUGCCAGAUGUGGGUUCCUGCAGGCUCGGUUGACUCGAGUGGUUUGGGGUUCUUCUUGGGUUAGGAUGCUACUCUGUAGAGGCCGAAAACUUCCUCCAUUUUUAUCCCAAAGGUGCUUAUUUUUAUCCCAAGAGGCAACUGGGCUUUCUGGUUUUUCUUUGAAGACGUUUUCGCUUCUUGUUAAGGAUAUUCUUGGCUCAUAACCGAUGUUAUGGGUUAUUGAGCAGAGUACCCCUUGAGUAUGCACAUGAAAAUGGCUGAGAGUGUUUAUGAAUAAUCACAGUUAAUAUACAGACACACUGAGUUGUGGUAUUCUUUUACUUUUAGGAAAAAGUAAAACAAAGUCCAAUAACAAUCCAGGUCAUACGCAGAUAAGGCGAUAGUUAAAAUAUCAAUCCAGAGAUAUUUCAAGUACAAAGUCUUCUUACCAGUUGUUGUAGUCAUUACACAAUAAAACAGUUCUUGAGUUUCAAACAGGAACAAGUUCAAUAUUAAAACAUUCAAUAAAUAGUAGAAAGCAACACGUAGCAAUGAUCAAACAGUGAUCAUGCAGAGAGAACAGGUAGAGAGUAACAGCAAGUAAGCAGAUAAAAUGGUGUAGUGUUCCCAAGCCAUGAUUCAGGCUUCCCCUUAAGUACAUUGGCUACAGAGCUUAGCCAAUCAGGAUACAGGAUGAUGCAAUACAGUCUUAAAGCAAUAUAAUACCUUUUGACUGCAAACAUAUAUUGAUAGUUUAUAUAUUGCCUGACCAACUAGUUAGACAAUAGCCAUUUCCUUUUUUUUUUUAUGAUACUUUAUUGAUUUAAAAAAAAAAAAUUAAAAAGAAAACAUCACAUCUCCAUUAACAUCUGAGGUGUCGUGCGGUUACAUAUUUACAUUAUAUACAUAUCAAGUAUCUUCGAAUCUACCAUUAUUAAAGAUAGACAUAUCCUUAUAAUCUUGUUCUAUUAUUCCACCAUUUGUACCACCUUUCCCAUACUGCCUUAAAUUUUGAAUUCUCAUCAUCUUUAAGAGCACUUGUUAAUUUUGCCAUUUCUGCGCAUUCUAGGAUUUUAUUUAUUAUUGUCACCUCUGGAGGGGUUUGUUUGUCCUUCCAGUAUUUUGCAAAGGUUAUUCUGGCCGCUGUUAUAACAUGUAUAAUUAAUUGUAUCUUAUCCUUAGAGAGUCCAUCUCCCAUCAUUCCUAAUAAGAAAAUUUCAGGGGAAAGUUUUAUAUCUUCUUCCACUAUUUCUCAUAGCCAGAUUCAUAUUUUGGUCCAGAACUUUUUUGUCUCGGGGCAGGACCACCACAUAUGAAAGAAGGUGCCAUGACAAUAGCCAUUUCCUAACACUUCUCAUCCAAAAAGCUUCUUCACCUUUGACUUGGAUGGUGAGGAAUGGAAGGAUUUCUAUUCCUUGCAGACAGCUGGGCAUUUGCAUCCUUUUAACGAGCCGUCGAGGCCACUUGGAGGUUUAUAUGUGUCCCUCAGGGUCACUUGAGUGGUGCAAACGGAUGGGGAGCCUUUUUGGAACUGCUGAAAAGACUUGUAGACUGGAGAUAGACGAUGUCAUAUCCUUCCCUCCUCUGUGAUCCUCAGGACCCAGAUGAAACCCCAAGUGGCCUCAACGGCUCUCUAAAAAGAAUGCAAAUGACUAGCGGUCUGCAAAGAAAUCGAAAUCUUUCCAUUCCCCCACCGCCCAGUCAGAGCUGAAUGAAGAAACUUCUGGGAUGAGAAGCGAAACGUCUUCAAAGAAAAACAAAACAAAACAAGGAAGUCCACUUCCCACCUUUGGGACCACCAUGAGCUGAAUGACUGUGAGAAUCUCCCUAGACUUCCAUUUGUAUCAUUUCAUUUUUUUCCCCACCCCUCUUAAAAUGCAGUUCCCUCAACA